AUGGAUCAAUUUGCCGAGAUGAGCACCCCUGCUUCUGGAUCCCAUAUUACGCCACCUCCGGGAAGAUUUCAUGGCGACUUUCUGGAAAAUGAAAGACCAUCCUUAAAAGACCCCAACAUCGGAGAGUUCAAUAGCGGACUAUCCUCAAAACGCGGACAUGAUGAAGAAACGAAUUUGGGGAACUUCCACCGGCUUCGCAACUGUUCAAAAUCCCAUUCCACUCCUGCUGCGCUGAAGUGGCUGGAUGAAAAUUACGAGAUAGCAGAGGCAGUCUGCAUCCCCAGAUGCACCCUGUACUGCCACUACCUGGAUUACUGCGAGACUAACGACACACAACCAGUCAAUGCUGCCAGCUUUGGAAAGAUAAUUCGGCAACAGUUUCCUCAAAUCACAACGCGGCGGCUUGGAACAAGAGGACAAUCAAAGUAUCACUACUAUGGCAUUGGUGUGCGGGAAACGUCAAAGUAUUUUGAGGUUAUAUUUUCCUCUAAAGGAGCACAGAGUUCAGGCGAGGGAAAAAAGGAAAACGUAAAACAGAUUGUUGCCUACUCACCUCGGUCCAAACUCGGUACCUUGCUACCAGAUUUUCCAGAUAUCAAAGACAUCAAACUACCAGACACUGUAGCCGAAGACAAGGUUGUGACCUUUAUGAUGAUGUAUAGAACACAUUGCCAGAGAAUACUCGAUACUGUCAUUAGAGCUAAUUUUGACGAGGUUCAGAGUUUCCUCCUUCACUUUUGGCAAGGCAUGCCGGGACAUAUGAUGGCAGUCCUGGAUUCGCAGACGAUAGUUCUGUUGGUGGGAGUCUGUGACACCAUGUUGUACAAAGCCAUCGCUAAUGUCCUCAUGCCGACUGUCCUCCAAGCCCUACCAGAGAGUCUGAUACAAGUUAUCAAGAAAUUUUCAAAACAACUGGACGAAUGGUUAAAGAUUGCGCUAGAGUCCUUACCAAAUGGAGUCAGGAAAAUGAAAUUUGACCUAGCCCGUCGAUUUGCUCAAGUUCUUCGACGUCAAACCUCCCUGAAUCACCUCUGCCAGGCGGCGCGGACCGUGGUCCACAGCCCCGACAUCUCCUCCCAGAUGUUGGAGGAUUGGAUCAGCGUUGACCUCAACAGUAUCAUCAAACAGACUAUGUACACCAUGGAGAGUUAUAACGAGAAGGUUACAGAAACUAUUGCCAAUCUUUGCUGUGAAUUUGAACAACUCUUGGAAGACCAAGCACCUUUGCAGUCCUAUGUAGAAUGGCUGGAUAACAUGGUCGAUAAAUGUGUGGUCCAGUAUGCCAAGAAAAGACCCGGUUCUCUGCGAAGAACGGCUCGACAGUUCUUGCUGAUGUGGUCUUGUUUUGGAACCAGAAUCAUUCGAGACAUGACGUUGCACAGCGCUCCAAGCUUCGGUUCGUUUCACUUGCUCCAUCUAAUGUUUGAUGACUACGUGUUGUAUCUAGUGGAAAAUCUGUACAGCGAAGAGAGGUCUAAAGAUUUUCUGAGACACAUCAAAGGGGAAAUUACAGAUCUGACGGACGAUGAGCCAUUACCCGACUACAGUAUAAUUAAAGAAGCUUUCAUGGCAUCUGAACCGAGAGAAUCUCCAACAGAAACAAAUAUGGAAGUUAUGGAAAGGAGUGUCUACAAGAAAAAUAUUGGAAAUGAAAGAGCAACAAUUUCUCCAAGAACUCAGUUUCAAACUUCGACUUAUGAAUGCACUCACUCCACUUCUGAAAAUCAGAGAAUAUCGCUUUCAAAACAAGUUUACCAUUCGCGGAAUUUUAUGGAGUCUGGUAUAUAUUAUGGAAAACCGUGUAACCACUCCAAUGAUCAACAGCUCAUUCUCUUGUCAGUUCCAUCAGCUGUCGACAUGGAUUCUGCUAUGAAAAAACUGUUAUAUGCCCAGCAACUGAUGAGAUGGAGAAGACGGGCGAAAGAGUUAGAAAGAAUUAUUUACAACAAUAAACACAGAGAAUUAGCGCUCAGAAAAAGAAAUGCCAGAAUAUUAGAGAGAAUGCAGAGAGCCCAAGUCCAACAAGAACAACAAAGGACUGUGUCGGAUGAAGAACCACACUCAUCAGCCCAUUCACCACCCCAGAAGCCAAAGGCCAUUUCCCAAUAUUAUCAAUGUAAUCCUAACGAUUACCUACGCCUGAACAUACGCCAUCCUUCUCUGGAUUCCGACAUUUGGUACGAGUUUACGCAAUGUAAACAUUUAAACGAGGACGUCAUUUUAGACAAAAUAGAAGCCGUGCAACAAUCCAAGAAGGAUUUUAAACUGGGAGACGGGGCCAUGGAAUUCGACAUGUUUCGGGUCAAGUAUCCGGAAGGGAGUGGUGGAGACAAAACCAAACAUCUGAUGGUGAAUAAGGGGAGUUUUAAGAAGAGGAAACAAUCCAUCGUUCAGAUCGACAAUCCCUGGGAUAAGUUUUGUUUAGCUCGAGCCAUCGUAGUCACCCGUUUACACAGUCAAAAACCUGAACAUCCAGACCCCGAAUGGGAAAAACGAUGGAAACGCAUGAGGUUAGGAGAUGUAAGAGCUAAUGACCAGAAAAACGAAGCCCUAGCUCUCAUGGAACAAGCCGGGUGUGAUAUCCAUCGGCCUUGUGGACCCGAAGAAUGGGGGAAAUUACAACAAGUGUUAGCCCCAUGCUAUCGACUGAAAAUAUUCCAGUUCAAGUCCACCUCCUCUAAACUCACCUUAGAACCCAUUUACAAAGGCUACGGAGAGGGAACUUAUUUGAAUGUUCUGUUAGACGACCAGCAUUACGAUGCCAUCAUAUCUAUGCCUGGUGUGACGGGCAAUCAAUACUAUUGUGAUCAUUGCGACGUGGGCUACAGGAAAAUCACAGACCAUCGUACCCAGUGUCCUCACCGAUGUUCCUUUUGUUUAACAGACACGCCCUGCCCUCCAGACGGGAGCCACAUUCAAUGUAGCCAGUGCCAGAGAUUUUUCAGAGCAGAACUUGCUACGAAAACCAUUUACAACCUCACAGUAAGAAUACAGCCACCACGGUAUGCAGUUUAA